AUGAGGUGCAUAGCGUCAAGAGAAAUAGAACUCGACGCCGCUCUGCGGAAAGGAGGCGGCAUCGUUCCUCGGGCCGCCAGCACCGCAGCUCUCCCAGCAGAAACCGUGGUGGUGGCCACACCGGGGCCCCAGAGAGGGGCCAAAGCAGGUCCCCGAGGCGGCACCACGAUGGCCACAGACGGGCUCAGCACACCCGGGGCUACAACUCCUCGAGAAGCCGGAGGCGGCAGCGGAGAAGGGCUCGGGAUGCUGCUCGGGAUGAUGGCCGAGCUCCAAGUCCAGAACGGGACGUCCUGCCCUCCUCAAGGAGCCGCCAGCGCCGCCAGCGGGCAGGCCGGGAUUCCUCCAGGCAACGGCGCGCAACAAGGAGCCGAUCCCAGCGCAGGUCCCGCAGCACCAGGGGCCAAGCUGGGUGGGAGCGCUCACGGGCCCACCGCAGCCGACAGCGAUGGCGGAGCAGGGAUCCCGAGGAUGGCCGAGCUCCGAGGUCGGAACGGGAUGUCCCAGCCUUCUCGAGGAGGAGCCGAUCCCGGCGCAGGUCCCGCAGCACUUGGGGCCGAGCACAGCGGGAGUGGCAAAGGAGGACGGAUUGGGACGAGGGCCGAGCUCUAA